UCUUUGUCUUCCACAGAAAAUGGACUACAUUUAUACAGCAUGGGUCAACACAACCUGCUGGGAAAGACCAGGCGGCCCCGCACGGCCUUCACGUCGCAGCAGCUGCUGGAGCUGGAGAAGCACUUCAGGGAGAACAAGUACCUCUCCAGGCCCAAGCGCUUCGAGGUGGCCACCAGCCUCAUGCUCACAGAGACUCAGGUAAAGAUAUGGUUCCAGAACCGACGGAUGAAGUGGAAACGGAGUAAGAAGGCGGUGUCGGAGAACCGGAAGGAACAGCGACAAAAGGAAGGGAAGGAAAACUCCGGCAGUAAGGAAGAGCGAGGGAAGGACUCCAGCUCAACAGGGUCAGGGGCCACGGUGACGCAGGAGGAGCCCCUCGCCAAUCAAGAGUCAGACGACGAGAUCGACGUGCAGGAAGACACUGUGGGGGGCGAGGAGGGUACUGAGGCGAGGAGCGAAGAGCCGCUGUCCUCACCCAGUCCCACACAGCUGUCGCAGCCUGCCGAGUCCUCUACAGCCCCCUCACCGGACCCUCGCCGCUACGACCCCCUCUACGACAGUAUCCAUGCCCACGCUGCAGCCAUGUCCAACCUCCACGUUCCUACCCCAGUGGUCACUUCGUCAGGAGGGUCGUCAGUGUUCUCGGGGCAAUACCAACACAUGCCCCUCUCCGCUGCCCUCCUCACUAAACUCCCUCCUGACGCAGAGCAUCUCUACAGACCCUACGUCUCGUGAGACUACUUGCGAUAGUCUCCUGAUUCUCCUACAGUACCAUCAGCGCCUCCUCCGCUAUAACCAAGCCACUCGUGAACAUUACCAAGGACUUAGAAGGGGCACUGUAACUACUACCCAUAAGUGACACUACCAAAAUAUAAAUGGGUCGUUUAAAUCUUUAUUGUUAAGUGAGCAGAGGAAGUAUUGUGUGAGGCGUUACAAGUGUGUCGUGAGCAAUUGAAACUCUUUAACUUUAGUGUAUAUAAGGAAAAAUAUACUAAUGCUGGACACGUGAUCUUACGAGCAUACUAAAGCCUCAGUUAUAAACUUAAGCAUAACGCAGACUCUUGGUUAUAUGUUUCAGAAAAUCCUUGGAUGACGCCAGGGUGUGUGUGGCACUCCCAUAACCCUGGGCCAAGGUUCCCCUACCGAGUGAGGAGUGAUGUGUUAGUGUGUGUGUGUAUGGUGCCGUGAUGGUGACCAGGUCAUCAAGUUUCCUAAAACUUUCGUGUCUAUUGUCUUGUCAAUUCUUCAUCGUGAUACACGUUAGUUAUGACUAUAUGUAGUUAUAGCAACACUGCUUCAGCAUAUUUACAUCAUGACCCCACUAAACAUUUAGCAGUAGUUCUCGGAGACUUGCACUAGUCAAGGAUGCACUGGUCUGUUUCCCGUCAUCAGAAACAAUCAUUAAUCAUCAAACAGCUUCUUCACCGCUUAUUUCAGGUUGUAUUUCCUUAUUUCCUCACCUGUAAUUGUUGAUCAUCUCACAAACUAAAAAUCUUUUCUCAUAGAUGUCUAGUUUCUCAAGAGCAAAAAUGAUCUUGCUUAACUCUAGUUAAGUCUCAUUCUACUUUUCAUAAUUUUUUAAGUUAAUUUAUUGGGAGGUUGAGUUGGGUGCGUGUCCCCGGCGACUGAGGGUCGGGGGCGGCAGCCAGUGAGCGUCUUCUGUAUUAUAAACCACCACUAGACUAGAGUUAAGGCUCCACCACUAUUUUGAUACAGUGAUAUAAGUCACCACUACCACGUGUUGAUGAUGCUACUCUAUAGUACUGUACUAUUGUCCCACACAUGUUUGCUGCCGCCGAGCGUCCACCUGGGCAGUCCAUGACACAACUGUAACUUAGAUGUUGUUACUUAGGCAAAGCAAUUUCUUCUUUACCCUCAUCCUCUAAUAUUAAUAAACAUAAAAAAAACGA